CCUGCUGAUUAACUUUCCCGUUCAGACUUGUCUAGAAAAAAUUGACAAAAAUGCGAAAAAAAGGUUUGUCCAUUUAUGCGCUUUUAAAAGGAAAGGAAUACUUGAUGCACCUUCCUAUUCUUCUGUUUUUCACUUUGGCAGGAAGCCUCAGCGCCGAUUUCCCAUAUUGCCCGAGCCCAGUACAGAAGUACGCAUUUGAAUGUUUCACCGACUACAACACUCAGAUGUUAAACAUGAAGAAAAGCAGCGCCUCCCUAUUGUCCGGGGUAAAUGUAGAAAUACUGCGGGCUUUCUGCAGUUCCUACAAUACGGCCAUAGCCUGUAUCAGAAACAUUAAGGAAGUAUGUCCCACGUCCCUCCACCGGAAGAUAGAGGCGACACAGAUGAACCUAGAGGGCGCCCAUUCCGAGCUCUCGGAACUCUGCUCGGACGACAGUAUUUACGAACAAACUUACAAAAAACAGUCAAGAUGA